CAUGUUCUGUGUACUGUGGGGGACCAGAUAUAGUGAAUGCAGGGGUCUGGGGAGACCGGAUAUAGUGAAUGCAGGGUCCGGGGAGACCGGAUAUAGUGAAUGCAGGGUCCGGGGAGACCGGAUAUAGUGAAUGCAGGGGCCCGGGGAGACCAGAUAUAGUGAAUGCAGGGUCCGGGAAGACCGGAUAUAGUGAAUGCAGGGUCUGGGGAGAGCGGAUAUAGUGAAUGCAGGGUCCGGGGAGACCAGAUAUAGUGAAUGCAGGGUCCGGGGAGACCGGAUAUAGUGAAUGCAGGGUCUGGGGAGAGCGGAUAUAGUGAAUGCAGGGUCCGGGGAGA